UGCAGAGAGCGAACUGCCUCAUUCAUUCAUUUGACACUCGUCGAAGAUGGCUCGUACAAAGCAGACUGCAAGAAAAUCUACCGGAGGAAAGGCUCCACGUAAACAACUGGCUACCAAGGCCGCCCGUAAGAGCGCCCCAGCCACUGGUGGAGUCAAGAAACCCCACAGAUACAGGCCCGGAACCGUCGCUCUCCGUGAGAUCAGGAGAUACCAGAAAAGCACAGAGUUGCUCAUCAGGAAAUUGCCCUUCCAGCGUCUGGUCCGUGAGAUUGCUCAGGACUUCAAGACUGAUCUGCGUUUCCAGAGCUCCGCCGUCAUGGCUCUCCAGGAAGCCAGCGAAGCUUACCUUGUUGGACUCUUUGAGGACACCAACUUGUGCGCUAUCCACGCCAAGAGAGUCACCAUCAUGCCCAAAGACAUCCAGCUUGCCAGACGUAUCCGUGGCGAGAGAGCUUAAAUUUCUUUGUCUCUGACAAAUACAAAACGGCCGUUUUCACGGCCACCUAAAUAUUUAGAAAAGAUGCCUAUAUUACAAUCAAUGACGACUACAAUUCAACGAAAUUGCAUAAGUAAAAAGUGCACAUUUUGAAAACAUGAGAUUAAACCCUACACACAUAAUAUGUACUUCUAAACUCUGCCCUUCUUAUCAUAUUUCACUGUGAACUACAAACAUGACAAUGGUCAAUGUGUAGAAUGAUUUGAUCUGACACAAUAUAAAAGGCCCUUCUGAAGAGAAUAUAUUAUACUAUACCAUACAGCUAUACAUAUGAUUGCAUUGUGAUUGUUUUUUCUCUCUGAAAGUUGUGCAUUUAGUCAUAACAUUACAAGAAAAAUA